CUCCUCUUCCUGAGCUCACUCUGUCGUUGGCGUUCGCGUUGACUGGCCAGAGUCCGCGAGCUGAUCUCUCUCUCUCUACUCUCUCUCUCUCUCACUCCUUUCUCUCUGUCCAUCUCUGCAGCUCUUUACCCAUUCAUCUCAGUGCUGCCCUCAGGACAGUUCUGUGCACAUCACUUCCUGGUCUGUUUCUCACACCUGAUUGGCCAUGGCGUACUACAGUUUCCUGCUGGAACCAAUUAGCUGUCAUGCCUGGAACAAAGAUCGCACCCAGAUCGCCCUCUGCCCCAACAACCACGACGUCCACGUCUACAAGAAGGACGGGACCACGUGGAAGAAGAUCCACGAGCUGAAGGAGCAUAACGGCCAAGUGACAGGAAUCGACUGGGCUCCAGACAGUAACCGGAUAGUGACGUGCGGAGCCGACCGUAACGCCUACGUGUGGUCCCUGAAAGAAGGCGCCUGGAAGCCCACCCUGGUCAUCCUCAGGAUCAACCGCGCCGCCCGCUGCGUGAAGUGGUCGCCCAAAGAGAACAAGUUUGCCGUGGGCAGCGGCUCCCGCCUCAUCUCCAUCUGUUACUUUGAGCAGGAGAAUGACUGGUGGGUGUGUAAGCACAUCAAGAAGCCCAUCCGCUCCACCAUCCUCAGUCUGGACUGGCAUCCCAACAACGUGCUGCUGGCGGCCGGGUCCUGUGACUUCAAAUGCAGGGUGUUCUCGGCCUACAUCAAGGAGGUGGAGGAGAAGCCCGGCCCGACUCCCUGGGGCAGCAAGAUGCCAUUCGGGGAGAUGCUGCUGGAGUCCGGAGGGUCCGGGGCCGCGGAUCAGAGUUCAGUGGGAGGCGGCGGGUGGGUGCACAGCGUCUGCUUCUCUCACUCUGGCAACCGCCUGGCCUGGACCUCCCACGACUCCACUGUGUCUGUCGCCGAGGGCGGCAAGACCGGAACGGUGAACAGUCUGCGCUCUGAGACACUUCCUCUUCUCUGUGUCACCUUCAUUACUGAGAACAGCAUCGUAGCAGCUGGCCACGACUGUUACCCGGUGCUGUUUGUGUACGACGGGGCCAAAGGCAGCUUGACCUUCGGGGGGAAGCUGGACGUUCCCAAGGAGGCGGCCCAGAAGGGCAUCAGCGCCAGGGAACGCUUCCAGAACCUGGACCGUCGGGCCUCCGAGACCCAGAGCACCGAGAAGAACCUGAACACGGUGCACAAGAACAGCAUCAGCCAAAUCUCGGUUCUGGACGGAGGACGGAACCAGUGCAGCAAGUUCUGCACCACCGGCAUGGACGGAGGGAUGAGCAUCUGGGACGUGAAGACUCUGGAAUCUGCAAUGAAGAACUUGAAAAUAGUCUGAACUGAAGUUUGCACGAAACCACGCAACGUAUACUAGCUUCUGGAUAUAUGAAGAAAAACUGCUGCCUUAUCGCUCAAAGCUUCUCAGCCAUAUUUUAAUCAGGUGUUUUUAUAUAUAGAGGUAAAACGAUCAGACUCAGGUCAAAUAGUGUUUGUGAUCCCCCCCGAAGCCCGUUGAGGAGCUUGUUGAAGUCAGACCUGUAAACGGAGGGACUGACCCUGGGUCUGUGAACGGUACUUCACGAGUUAAUCACAGACACUUCAGUCUGAGCUCAAUGCUUGAAGCAGGAAUUUUUAUAUUAAUCAAGAUGAAAUGCUGCAUUACUUGUUUAAAGCUUAUGCUGGUCAUAAUGUGCCUUUAAUAAACAUUUGUUACGAUUCAACAAA